AUGAAUGGGAGCAGUGUUGCGUUCGUGUUGUUGAUGAAAGUGACCGUAACACUAAUAUGUGUGUCAAUAAGAUCAAGUUGCACGGCGGGCGGCGGCGGGCGGGCUUCAUCGCUGCGCCGCACCGUAUGGGAUCGUUCCGCAGAACCGGUCCGAGCUCCCGCCUCCGUAAUUGUAAUUCAUGAUUCCAUACCUGCUUCGAUUACCUCCGACUGG